AUGUCUAUACCAGGAAAUCUCGUCGUCAUCACCUGCAACGAGGCCAAUCCAAUAAUUGACCCGGCACGCCACUUCAAUCUUAACACUAGUACUACACGGGUUAUCAGAACGGCUGGAGGACGCACAGAAGGAGCCAUCAGCAGUAUCUAUCAAGUAGCUCAAUCGGUCAAGAUUGACAUGAUUAUUGUUGUUCAGCAUACUAGCUGUCCAUGGUUGCCAGGAGAAGUGGAAAAUAACAUCCGGUCAGACAUUCAAGGGCUCAAAGCCUCACCGUAUAUUCAGGAUGAUAUAUCCAUCAUUGGAUAUGUCCUUGAUCUGGCCACUGAUCGACUACGUGAGGUCAAUGUACCUCGAACCGGGCCUGGAGCUGAAGCAAGACAGCAUGUACUCGAUCAGAUGAAAGACUUUGGUCCGUUCUGGAGCUGA